CCUUGACAGGCGACGCAAAGCAAAGACCGACUUUUGAGCACACUUGUUGUUAUACACGUUUGUAAAAGGACUUGCAACCCGAAUCACUUGUAUUUGACAAAACAAUAUAUCUUCGUCUCAGGGCUUUGUAGGCGCUGCGGUCAAGCUGGCAGUGCGACCUGCACUUCGCGAGCUCGGGCAAGCAGCCUUUAUAUUCAUAACAGAUAGAUGUAUCGUUGAUAGGCAGCUGUUCAUCUAAUGCCAUUCCAGAGCCGGCAGGGCCGUGGCGUGAGGACGUCAGGCGCCUGACGGGCGGGCCGCAGCUGCGGCAAUGCCAGAAGCGGGGGCCACCGGCCGCAGUGCACUGCCGGAAGAUGAGCAGCUGCAGCAGCCUGGCUCCACGCCCGCAGCACCGCCGCCGGCGCCAGGCCCCUCGCCACCGGCCCAGCAGCCGCCACAGCUAGCGGUGGGACAUGGCGCAGUCGGUGCCCUGCAGCUGCACUCCAGCGGCGGCAGCAGCGCAGGCGGCGGCACGUUACCGGCUCCCGGCUCGGGGCCUGGCCCGCCCCUGGCACGGCUAUCGCCCGGGCCGACCGGCCACCCAGCCAGCGGCACCAUGCCUCUCACGCCGCCUUUACGGCGCACCAGCGAGGUCCGGGAGCGCACCAGUGACGGUGCCAGCGGCGGCGCCAGCGGCGCCCGGUUAAGCGGUGACGGCGGCGGCGGCGGGCGCCGCAGUGGCGACGGCGGCGGUGGCGGCGGCAUGCGCAUGAGUGACGGCGGCGGUCAGCCCUCGCCGCUCGGCAGCGCCAGCGCCACCGGGAGCGCUGCAGGAGGCGGUGUCGCGGGCAGCCGGCGCGGCACGCGCGACUCGGCAGACGGGGAUGGCGGCGGGCUGGCUGGCUUCUCUGGUGAACUGGGCAUAGCGCUGGACGAGUUCGCGUUCGGCGACCGCAUCUCCCGGGUCUCACACGGACUUGGCGGCGGCGGCCGCGGCGCCGGCGGCGGCGCCGACGGCGCCGACGGCGGCGCUCCCUGGCAGCCGGCGCUGGGUGGCGGCGGCGCCGCCAGCGACGUGGCGGGCGUCGCGGCCAUGGCUCCGGACCAUGACAGCAGGUCGGGAAGCGGCAGCAUGGAGGGCACGCAGUUCGCGCUGCAGCACGCCGUGCUGCGCGCGUGGAGCUACGUGCGGGAGGCGGCGAGGCCGGGCAAGCACGAGGUGCUCAUCCGCGGCACCUCGCGCCGCUCCCUGUUCGUGUUCACGCACGACACCCGCCUCCGCCGCGCCUGUGUGUUCCUGGCCACCAACAAGCUGUUCGAGUGGUUCAUGCUGGCAGUCAUCCUAGCCAACUGCGUCACGCUGGCCCUCGCCACGCCCGCCCCCGGCUUCGACGCCAGCGCGCUGGGCCGGCGGCUGGCGCUGCUGGACUUUGUGUGGCUGGCGCUGUUCACAGCCGAGGUGGUGGUGCGCGUGGUGGCGCUGGGGCUGGUGCGGGGGCGCAACAGCUACCUGCGAGACCGCUGGAACGUGCUGGACCUGGUGGUUGUGGGGCUGGGCUACCUGGACGUGUCGGGCUCAGGCAACUACUCCCACUUCCGAGCCGCGCGAGUGCUGCGGCCGCUGCGCGCCAUCAACAAGGUGCCCGAGAUGAAGAUGCUUGUGGACACGAUGCUGGGCUCCGUGCCCAUGCUGCUGGACGUGGUCAUCCUGGCGGUCUUCUACUAUGUGCUGUUCGGCAUCAUCGCAAUCAACAUAUUCGCAGGCAGCUUCCGGUACAGGUGCGGCGUGCCCGACCUCACCGGCAACUACGGCCUCACCAACGACACGUGGGGGGGACUGCCCGUGUACGAGUCCUGGAACGUCACCUACAGCAUAGCCGACACAGAGCGGGUGUGCAGCAAUCCCAUGCCGCCCGACACCGGCGUACUGCGCUGGGUGGCGCUGGCGGGCGAGGCGGCGGCGCAGAGCGCAAUGGCGGCGGCGGCGGCGGCGGCGGCCGCGGGUGGCGGCGGCGGCGGCGAGGACGGGUACGGCACCAGCGACCCGGUAUUCGCCCCCAUGGCAGAUGUGGCUUCCUCGCCGGUGCCCGCCACCGACAUCUCGGGCGGCGGCGGCGGCGGCACGGCGGCCGUGAACGCCAGCCUGGUGGGGUGGCUGGACCCGCGGCGGCAGGUGCCGGGCUUCAGCUGCGACCCGGCGUCCUGGUGUGUGCUGUACGGCAACCCGGAGAGCGGCUUCCGGCACUUUGACAACAUCCUGUGGGCCUGGCUGUCGCUGUUCCAGAUCAUGACGCUCACAGACUGGGUGUUCAUGAUGUACAACGCCAUGGACGCCUUCGGCACCUGGGUGUGGCCCUACUUCUGGGCGAUGGUCAUCUUCGGCUCGUUCUUCCUGCUCAAUCUGGCACUGGCCGUGCUGUACCUCAACUUCAGCAAGGAUAAGGAGGCGCGCAAGAAGGCGGAGGAGGAGGCGUGCGCCGAGGAGCAGGAGCAGGCCCUGGCGCGGCAGGUGGAGGCGCUGCGGCAACAGGAGGAGGAGAAGAAGGAGCUGGAGGUGCCCGAGGGGCUGGAUCCCACGCUGGUUGCGGCGCACACCGGCGUCACUGUGGGGCCGGGCGGCGAGCGCACCUCCCGCACAAGCCCCGCCUUCCUGAGGGCAGCCGCGGCGGCGGCGGCGGAGACCUCGGCGGCGGCGGCGAAUGGCGGCGGCGGCAGAGGGGCUGGCGGGCUGGCUUCGGGCGCGACGGACGCUCUGGUUACGCCGGGCCAUAGCGCCUAUGGCGGGUUGGGACACAGCGCGUAUGGUGGCGGCGGCGGCGGCGGGGGUGCGCCGCCUGGCCGCCAGUUCUCAUUGCGCCGCCAGGGAGUCAGCAGCGCGCUGUCUCUCAGAGAGGGCGGCGCAGCCGCCAGCUCCCACGGUGGCGGCGGCGGAAAGAGCGGCCCCGGCGGCGGCGUAACCGGUACUGAGGCGGCGCCGCGAAAGAAGUUUGAAGUGCCUUCGUACAAACUGCUCGGCGAAUACGACGAGCGCAUGGAGUUUCUCGUACGUACCGCGGCGGCGCCGCAGCAGUACCGACUAACCGGCGGAGGCGAGAUGCCGCCAGGGUUUCCUGGGGAAGGCGGCGGCGGUGACAGCGGUUAUAGCGGUUACGGUGGCGGUUACGGUGGCGGUUACGGUGGCGGUUACGGUGUCGGCGCCGGCAGCCGGCAGUGGUGGAACAUGCCGUCGGUGCAGUACGGUGCGUGGCAUCGUGACGACACGCUGUCACGUGCCGCCACCCUCCAACGAUUGGCGUCCAUGGGGUCCCGCUACGCCGGCGGCGCCGCCGGCGACAGCGGCUACGGCAGCGCCGGCGGCGGCUACAGCUUCGGCGGCCGCACCUCCGCCGCCACCAUCAACGCAGCCGCCGCCGCGGCGGCGGCGAUUGCGGCGAUGGAGAGCCACCGCUACACCAGCGGCGGUGGCUAUUACAAUGCUGCAGCGGCGGAAGGUGGGAAUGGAGCUUCGGGGACGCUGCCGAUGCUACCAGGGCCGGCGGCGGCGUCGACACCCGGCGGCGCUGCGCCGCUGGCGUCCCCGGCGGCGCCGCCAGGUGUGCAUUUGGGGAUGACGCGGGGUCUUCCGCGCAGCGGCCCUGGCGGCAGCAGCUGGCGACUGCCGGGCGCUCCAGGCUCAAGCGGCCGCUGGGGCUCAGGCGUCAUCGUGGGUGGCGGCGGUGCGGCGGAUCCAAUUGGGCUGGGCGGCGGCAGCAGCGGCAGUGGCGGCGGCGGCGGUGGCGGCGCCGCGACGCGGCGGAACCUGCUGGUCGGCGGCGGCACACGCGUGGCGAUGACAGUCCCUGAGGAGAUGGAGCUGGAGGCGCAGGAGGAGGACGGGGCGGCGGCGUUGGCGGCGAAGGCGGCGCUGGGUCUGGACGGCGGCAAGGGCGCCAGCGGCGAAGCCGAUGACGCGCGCGACCUGGCGGCGGCUGACGCCGGCGGCGGCGAGCCAGGCCACGCUGCUGUGCUCGCGGCUGUGCCCUUCAACCGCAUGGCAACAAUGGAGCGCUCCGCGACGGCCCUGGUAGAUAUUAUGUUGGCGACGGAAGGCGGCGGCUACGAUGGCGGCGGCGGCGGCGGCGGCGGCGGCACGUCGCUCAUGCGCGGCGGCGCGCCGCCGCCGCCGGAGCUGCAGGCGCGGCUGGCGGAGCUGAUGGGCGUGGCGCUGCCGCCGCGACCCCGGUUCAAUCCGCGGCGGCGGCACUGUGCUGGUUUCCGCAACAUGGCGCACUUGGUGGCCAUCAGCCCGCGCUUCGAGGCGGCGUCCAUGGUGGCCAUUGUGGUGAACGCCAUCAUCCUGGCGCUGCAGUGGUACGGCAUGCCUCGCAACCUGGCCCGCUUCGUGGAUAUCGCCAACUUCACCUUCACCAUCUACUUCAACCUGGAGAUGUGCAUACAGGUGGCGGGUCUGGGCCUGCCCAAGUACCUGAGCUCGGGGGAGCACUGGCUGGACCUGGCCGUCAACAUGGCCUGCAUCGCCGAGAUGAUCGUCAAGCUGACGCCCACGCUGCCCAACGAGCUGGCAGCCAACCUGUCGGUGCUGCGUGUGUUCCGGCUGCUGCGGCUGUUCCGCCUGGCCAGGGCCUGGCGCAGCCUGCACGCCAUCUGCCUCACGCUGCUCAAGUCCAUCAAGGCCACCCUCUACCUCACACUGCUGCUGCUGUUGUUCAUGUUCAUCUUCAGCCUGCUGGGCAUGCAGCUGUUCGGCUACAAGCUCAUCUUCUGCAGUGCCGUGGAGGGCAGCCAGCCGCUGUGCCCGCCCGGAGUCAGCGGCUGCCCCAACCACCGCGACUGCUACAUAACGUGCGACGCCGCCAACGUGACGCAGUGGGUGGACGCGGCGGGCAGCCCCUACAACGACCAGGCCUACUGCCAGGUGUUCCCCACCAGCGCCACGGACGCCGUGCUGGUGGUGCUGCGCUCCGGCAACGACACCGCCAUUGCGGAGCUGGCCGAGCCCGGCAGCGGGCUGGUCUUCGCGGCGCAGGUGGGCGGUCCCGACUGGCCGCGAGCCAACUUCGACAACGUGUACCAGGGGCUUAUCACCGUGUUCCAGAUCCUAACGUUUGACAACUGGGCCGACAUCAUGCACGCCGCAAUGGCGGCAACCACGCCCUGGGCCGCGCUCUACUUUGUGGGGGUCAUCCUCAUCGGCAACUUUGUGGUUCUGAACCUGUUCUUGGCUAUCCUGCUGGGCAGCUUCGCCGACAUUGACGAACAGAUCGCGGCGGAGGACGGAGCUGCCGAGGACAGCGCCGCAGCCGCAGCCGACAGCACCGCCGCCGCGCGCAUCGCAAGCGUGGGCGGUGGCAACGGCGGAGGCAAUGGUGGAAAAGACGGCGGAAAAGACGGCGGAAAGGAAGGCGGAGACGGGCCCGGUAGCGGCGGAGAGGGGCCCAGGACACCGCGGCGGGCUGCAGGUGGGAAGGGCAGCGGCAGCCCUGGAGGCGCCGGCGCGCGCUCUGCGGCAGCGGUGCUGGUGCGGCGUGUGCGACACGCGUGGCGGCGGCGGCCGAGGUGGGAGGACCUGAAAGACACACUGAAACCAGGUGGUGGCGGCGGCGGCGGCGGCGGUGCUAGCCGUGGCAGCUUCAAAGCUGCGGCCGGUGGCAGCAGAGGCGGCGGUGGCCACGGCAAGGACGCGGACUGGAGCCGCGGCAACGGUGGCAACGGUGGAAAUGGCGGCAUGGCUGCUACUACUGCGACCGCUGCUGCUGCUGCUACUGCUACUGGUGCUGAUGGUGGUGGCAAGGAUGUUGGCGGUGGCAAGGAGCCGCAUGGAGCCCUCACCGCCAACGGGUCGGCUGCCGGGCUGCAGCCGCACCUGCAGCUGGUCACAGGGCCCGGCGCCGCGCCCGGGCCGGACGCGGCAGUGGGCGGCGACGUCGGCCUAGACCCCACCAUCAAGGCACACCGCGGCGGGCCCAACGGCGCCGCCGCAGCGGGCACGGAAGCAGCAGGAGUGGCGAACGCAGCAGGCGUAGCUGCAACUGCAGCAGGCGUAGCUGCAGGCGUAGCAGCAGCAACAGCAGCAGGGCACGCUCCGGCAGGGAUAGCGGUAGCAGGAGGGGCAGUAGCUGGUGGCGGCGGCGGCGGGGGGCAUCUGGCGCGGACCAUCACGCCCUCCGCCACCCACUCGCCCUUUGGCAAGGCGGAGGAGCUGCACGGGCUGGACCUGUCCGACUACGGCAGCGCGCAGUACAACCCAGUGUACGACGUGGAUCUGACUUCGCCAGGCGCCGCCGGCGCCGUACAAUCCCCUGCCGGCACGCAAGCGCACCGGCACCAACAGCAGCAGAAGCACCCGCAAGCACAACAGCAGCAGCAGCAGCACCCGCAGCAUCACGUGCACAUGCACGCUGGGCCGCAUGCCCACUACCGAAGCGGUGGGGGCGGCGGCAACCCGUACGCCAGCGGUGGUGUUAGCGGCGGCGGCGGCGGCGCAGAGCCGCACCACAUCCUGGCCACGCCCUCCGGACACCUCAACCUGCUGCCCGGCACUGUCAGUAGCGCCCUCAACGCCUUCAGCCGCCCCGGCGGGGCCCCGCCGUACGGCGGCCAUCCCGGCGCUGCUGCUGGCGGUGGCGGCGGGGGUGACGGCGACGUCGGCGGCGGCGCCGGAUCCAACGCGAUGCUCAUCACAGGCCAGGCGGCGGUUAACGCCCGUAACGGGCCUGCGGGUCAACCGUCUCGAGAUCUGGAUCGGGUGAUGGCGCUGCUGGGUGGAUCCAUCUACGUGCCUCACAGCAGACCCAGGGAGUCGGCGUCGUCAGCUGCUGCUGCUGCGGCGGCGGCGGCGGCGGCGGCGCGGCUGGGGUUAGGCAGCUCGGGAGCGCCGCCACCUGACGACGGUGGUGACGGCGGCGGGUACGGCAGCGGCAGUGGGAGGACUUUGAGCGGUGGCGGUGGCGCGGCGCCUGGCCCACGGGACGGCGGUGGCGGCGGCGCGGCGCCUGGCCGUGUUGGCGGCGCAGUCGCGGCCGUCGCGUCGGCACCGGCACCGUUGUUGUCUCCCCUGCCGUCAGCCGCCCACCUGCACCUCAUGCACCACCUCCACCACUCCCACUCCCACCACCCGCACCACCACCACCACCACCACCGCACACACAGCGCCGGCAGCGGCGAACCUGGCAGCGGCGGCGGCCCCGGCAGUGGCGGCCCGGGCGGCGCCAGCGGCGGCAGCAGCAGCGGCGCUCCCAGCCCGCUUAGCCCCAAGGGCUCUGCCUGGCGGCGAGCCGGCGGCGGCCUCCACAGCCCCCACACGCGCUCCGCUCUGGCCUCCCCUCCCUCCUCACUGCCCACCAGCCCUCAUGCGCGCAACCUGAUGCCGCCACCCCUACCUCCGGGCGCCAGCCCCGCAGGCCCGUUGUCGCCCGCCUCGCCCUCGCCGCACGUGCUGUCGCCUGCCAGCAGCCUGGGCCGCCCGCCGCCGCAGUCCUACCGGCCGCACCACCCGCACAUGCACCAAGGCGCAGCAGGCAGGCCGCCACAGUCGCAGCCGUCUUCCCCACUGGCGCCGCCGCCGCCGCUGCCGUCGGGCGAGAACCGCUCGCCCACCGCGUCACCAGACGGCAGCCGCGGCGGCGGCGCCAGCAGCAGCUCGGCUGUAGCAAGGCGGGGCCCGGCAGUAGCAGCCUCCUCCGGCUCGGUUACGGAGCGGCGGCUGCUGCAGACGUCGCGAUUCGCGACCUCCUCCUGCCCACCCACGGAGGCGGGGGCAGAAGGAGUGGAGGCAGACGGGGCACAGGCGGGCGCGGCCGCGGCUGCAGCUGUAGCAGCCGCCGCCGGCAGUAGCAGGCCUCGCAGCAGCACGCCUGUGCGGCAGUCGGUGUCACCGCCGCAAUCCUUCUUCGCCCCGUCCUCGCCUAUCCCCUCUUCCACAUCCUCCGCCGACGGUCCUCUGCCGGACCUGCACCCUGCUGACGCCGCCGUCGGCGACUGGUCCGCUGCUCCUACCGCCGCGCCUCAUGCCACGCCGGCACCCCGCAGCCACCCGACAUCGCCCUCCGCCUCCGGCGCUCCGCCCGAUACCGCCGCCGCCUCCUCAGCUGCUGCGCCCACGCCUGCGCCCGACCAAGGGGCCCCAAGCCCCACCACUCGCGCGCUGCUGCGAGGCGGCGGCGGCGUGGGAAGCGGUGGCUAUGAGAGCGGCGGCAGCUUCGGCAGCACCAGCAGCAGCAGGCGCGUGCCCGUGCCGGUGCCGCCCGCCCUCGCCAUCCCUUCCACGUCCGCGGGCGGUCCCGACCCCUCCCCACUGACCGUUGCUGCGGCCGCCACCGCCACGGCAGUACCAAUAGAUGCCGUGACUGCUGGCGGCGCUGCAGCCGCCACGGCGCCGGCCAACCGCGGCAGCCAUGACAAUGACAUUGCCGCGCCGCGGCCGGCCUCCAUUGUAAGCGGCGCGCCGUCCGGUACUGGCAUUUGCAGUAGCAGCAGUGGUGGCAGCGGUGGUGGCAGCCCGAACGAGGGAGGCGGCAAGGCACUGGGUGCCCGCAGCCGUCGCGGUGGCAGUUUCGCCUUGCGGCACAGCGAGAGCGGCGGGAGCGCUCUGGACUCGCCGUUUGGGCUGGAGGCGCUGGGCGACGGGCUACUGCCGCUACCGCCCAACUCCUCCACCUCCACAGCCGGCGGCGGCAGUAGCAGUCUCCCAGGGGCGCUUGCGCUGCUCAGUUCCGUGCCUGGUGCCGACGCAACGGAUGGGGCUUUCUUGCAGCUGCAGCGGCACGAGCCGCAGUCGCCACCGGAGUCUUCGCCGCCGCCGCCACAGCCACCUGCGAGCCCCUUUGGGCGCGCGGAGCUCAACGCCCGCAAUGCGCUGGCCCCCAGCCUGAAGCACGUCAACACGCAUCGGCCGCCCGAUGGCGCCGCCGCCGCAGCCGCCGCUCCUCCGUACAACGGCGGUGCGCACACGGCAGAAGUGGGCCUCUGGGCAGCGGCGUCUGCCGCGUCCGGCGGCCUCGACGGCGCCCACGGCAGUGACACGCCAACGGCGGCGCGGCCGGCGGUGCCAUUCGGGCGCUCGCUGCCUAUGCCUAUGCCGCCGCCGUCGUUUGCGGAGGACGGCGAUUUGCCGGGCGGCGGCAGCGGCGGCGGCGGCGGCGGCAGCGGCGGCCGCGUGGGAGGCGGGCUGAUGUCACCGCCCGGCGGCAGCGGUGACACCGAGGGCCACUCCGGCCAUGGCGCGUCGGCGCCAGUCUCUGCGCGCGCAUCCUCCGCUGCGGCGGGCCUGCCCAGAGGCCUGCCGCCGCGGCCGCGGCCGUCAGGCAGCGGCGGCGGCGGCGGCGGCGGCGGGAGCCCGGCGGCGCCGCCGCGCCUGGCCUCGCCACACGGGCUGUCACAGCCGCCCGUGACAGCAAACGUCACCGCAAACAGCCGCUUUGCCAACGGCGUGCAAUCGUUGCCUGCGGUGGCGGCGGCGACGGCGGCGGCGGCGCGGGGGUUGCGGACGUCACCGUCGUACCAACCGCCGCGACAAGGCGGCGCCGCCGGCUCGCCAGCGGAUUUUGGGCCGGCGGCGGCGGCGCUGCUGUCUGGACAUGACGGGCCCGGGUCCGCUUCGGCACGCUUUCCCGCCCCGCACGGCGCCGCGUUGCCGCCUUCGCCGCCCUUGGCACCGAACGACGGUCGUGCUGGCGGCGGUAGCGGCGGCGGCGCCCCACCGUCGUCGCCUCCCGGCGCAGUAAUUCUGGGCUCCUCGAUGGGCUGGCAGGCCUCUUCGCGCUACAUCCGGCAGCCCGAUUCAGCCCGCUACGCCGCCCUGACCGGCAGUGCUACUGCCACGAGGGCCGCGGCUGCGGCUGCUACAGCCGGCGCAGUCGCGUCUCCCUCCAUGCGGGCAAUGCCGUCAGUGGCGCUGCGCUCGCGAAUGACGCUGAACCCGGUAUCCGACGGCGCCGCCGCCGCCGCGACUGCCGCCGCCGCUGCGCGGAACGAGGCGGCGGAGGAGGCGGUGGCGGCGGCGGGCGGCGGCACUCGGUUGCCGGCACCUGGGCUGUUCGCGUGCCGCAACUUCGCGCCGCCGGUUGGGGCGGGAGGGCAGGAAGGCGUGGAGAUGGACCUCAUUGCGGGGGGCAGCCAACUGCCGCUCCAGGCCGCCAACGCCAAGGCACACCUGCAGGCCCACAAGCAGCGGGGCCUGGCGGAGCGCGGCGGCAAGGCGGUGCUGCCGGCAGAGCUGGGUGGCGGCCGCCACCGGGGCUUCUCACGCAAGCCGCGGCGCACGGGUGUGCUGCUGUCCAAGGGCCGGCUGUUCCCGCCGGCCGCGCGGCCCGACGUGGCCCUUGGGGACAUGCUGGUGGGCCGCAGCCUGUGCCUGCUGCCGCCCCGCAACUGGCUCAGGAGGCAGCUGGCCAGGGUGGUGACGGCCCGCUGGUUUGAGGACCUCAUGCUGCUGCUCAUCGUGCUCAGCUCCAUUCAGCUGUGCUUCGACUCGCCGGGGCUGGACCCGGAAUCCAAGAUGGCGCAGGCUGUCCGCAUCCUGGACUACAUUUUCACCAUCUCCUUUGGCGUGGAGGCGAUCAUGAAGAUCCUGGUCACGGGCCUUGCCUUCAACGGCCCCGGCUCCUACCUGCGCUCCGCCUGGAACUGGCUGGACCUGCUAGUUGUGGCGGCGGGCGUGGGCGAGCUGGUGGCGGCGGCGGAGCUUGAGGGCGGCACCGGCGGCAACCUCAUGUGGCUGAGGGCCAUGCGCACGCUGCGGGCGCUGAGGCCGCUGCGCGCUGCCAACCGGGCAGCAGGCGUGCGUGUGGUGGUGUCGGCCCUGCUGCGGGCCCUGGGCGCGCUGGUGAACGUGGCGGCGGUGGCGGCGCUGGUCUACUACAUCUUCGCGGUGCUGGGCAUGUCGGUCAUGCUGGGCCGCUUCUGGAGCUGCAGGCAGAUCCUGCCCGACGACUCGCUGUCCGACCCGCUGGACCCGGCCUACUACCUGCCGGCGGGCGCCACCAUGACCGCAGACUGGUGCAACCAGCCCAACCCCAUCACCAUCACCGCCUCCGCCUACCACUCCGAGCUGGGUGUGCCGCUGCCGCCCUACAACAUCAACACCAGCUGGGACAACGUCAAGAGCAACUUCGACAACCUCAUUGUGGCCUUCUGGACGCUGUUCCAGAUGGCCACGCUCGAGUCCUGGAGCGACGUCAUGUACCACGGCGGCGACAUCACGCGAGUGGACGAGCAGCCGCUGCGCAACCACUCGCCCGAGGUCUACCUCUACUUUGUGGCCUACAUCAUCGUCGGGGCCUUCUUCCUCUUCAACCUGGUCAUUGGCCUGUCCAUCGACAAGUUCAACAUGAUGCGGCGCGAGCGGCACGGCUCCAGCCCGCUCAUGUCGGAGGAGCAGGAGAGCUGGGUGACCACGCAGAAGAUGAUGGGCGCGCUGCGGCCGCUGCGGCGGCGCGUGGAGCCCAGGAGCAGGUGGCGCCGCGCCUUCUUCCGGGCCACCCAGAACCGGCUGUUCGAGGACGGCAUCCUGGUGGUGGUGCUGGUCAGUGUGGUGUUCAUGAUGCUGGUCCACGCGGACAUGUCCCCGGCCUUCAGCGCCGUCAGCACCUGGUCCAACCUGGCCUUCACCUGCCUGUUCGUGGUGGAGAUGCUCAUGAAGUGGGUGGCUCUGGGUGUGCGCGGCUACUUCGAGUCGGGGUGGAACCGGUUCGACUUUUUGGUGGUGGUGGUGGGUGUGGUGGGCGUCAUCGUGGACUUCUCCACGGAGGGCGUGUUCGCGUUCUUCCCCGCCAUUCGGGCGCUCCGGGUGCUGCGGCUGUUCAGGAUCAUCCCACGCGCCAAGGGGCUGCGCACGCUGCUGACCACCCUGUGGUGGUCACUGCCGGCACUCAUCAACGUCGGCUCCGUGCUCUUCAUCUUCAUUUUCGUUUACGCCAUCAUCGGCAUGAACCUGUUUGGACUGGUGCGCGACGGCGAGGAGCUGGGCCUGCACGUGGGCUUCGACACCUUCCCGCUCAGCUUCCUCACACUGUUCAGGAUUAUGACGGGUGAAAAUUGGAACAGCAUCAUGACGGACUGCAUGGUGCGGGACAGCUGUGUGUAUGUGGAGUCGGACGUCUACUCCACAGCCACAGAGCCUCCCACCUUCCUCCCCGCCGGCACCUGGCUGGACUCGGACAGCUACCUGCUGCCGGGCCUGCCCUCCAGCGCCACCACCAACCGCUGCAGCCCCUCGCCCUUCGUGGCGGUUGUGUACUUCUGCUCCUACAUCCUGGUGGUCAGCUUCAUGCUGCUGCAGAUGGUCAUCGGCAUCAUCAUCGACAAUAUCCAGAACAUUGCGUUCCAGGAGAAGCAGCCCGUGGGUCCGUCCCUGCUGCAUUCCUUCACAUCGGCGUGGGAGCGGCUGGACCCGUACGGCAGCGGCUUCAUCCACGUGGAGGACCUGGGCCGGCUGCUGCUGCGCCUGCCGCGGCCGCUGGGCGUCAAGGGCGCGGACUGCCAGGUGGCGCGGAUGCAGCACAUCCUGAUGACCAGCCGCAUCCCGCUGCGCAACAGCUCGGUGCACUUCUACGAGACGCUGCACGCGCUGGCGGCCAUGACCGCGGGCGUGGCGCUGCCGCCCGGGGUGGAGCUGCACGUGCACGACAAGCUGAUGCCGCGUGUGCCGCCCGACUACGGCGGCCUGCCUCGCCGCACCGCCGCCGAGUACUUCUGCGCCGCGCACAUCACGGCGGCGGUGCGGCGGCGCCUGCUGCGCGCGGCGGCGGCGGCGGGGCUGGCGGCAAUGACGGCGGAGGCGGAGCGCUGGGCGGGCGGAGACGCCGCAGAGAAGAGCCGGUUGCUUGCGGAGAGGAUUCGCAUCGUGGCCCGGGCGGCGCGCGCCGAUGCACGUGAGGAGGCGGAGGCCGCCACAGCCCCCACACACCCCGCACCUGCCCCCGCCUCCACCGCGCCCCGCAGCUCCGCUGGCGGCGCUGCCCCUGCUCCUACCGCGUCCCCUGCAAUCAGCCCUGCUGGUGCCGCCCCCGCCGCCACCGUGGGAACCACCGGCGUCGGCCGGCGGCCCUCCACUGCGCCUCCUGGCUACGGCACAGCGGCAUCCACGGUAGACGAGGGCUCGGACGGUGCGGAGGAGCAGGAGCAGGAGGAGGCAGCCGCAAACGGCGGCGGCAGCAGCAGCAGCAGCAGCAGCGGCAGCGACUCAGACGGAGCCGGUGGCAUCCUGCUUAGCAGCGACACCGGCGGCAGGGCCGCAGCGGCGACCACGGCGGCGGCGGGCGACCGAGUGCGCGGCGGCGCCAGUCGAGUCAGCCGCCGCUCCCGCCCCAGUCGCGCCAGCCGCCCUGGCCGCAACCCCAACGCCCGCCCCUCCCCCGGCCGGCCGCACCUGCUGGGGCAGCUGCUGGACGCGUUCGGCGUGUCGUGGCGCGACCGCCGCGGCCGCCGCACCACCACUGGCAGCAGUGGCGACGGCGAUGGCGGCGGCGACGACGGCGGCGGCGGCACCAUGAGCACGGGCGUUUCCGGCGAUUUCGCGACGGAGUCCAGCCGUGUGACAGAUGUGGAGGACGAGGAGGAAGAAGACGAGGAGCGGGACGGGCCGGAGCGGCAGCAGCACCAGCAGCGGUCGGGAGGAGAUGGCGGCAGGUGCCUGCCCUGCCCUGCGCGGUCUGGCGGCGCGGCCGGCUCGGUGCCGCAGACCAGCGGUGCCGCCGUCAGCAACCGCCGCCGCCCCUUCCAGCUGCUGCGACGUGCGGUGGACACCGCGACUGGCGGGGAGGCGCGGCGGGCGCGCCGGGCGCGGGAGGAGGAGCACAGGCGGCGGCGGCGGGCGCAGCGCGCGCACGCGGGGCACCGCUGCUUCCACCCCGGCUGCGGGCUGUGUGUGGAGCACGCGCAGGCGGCCCGCCUGGGGGCGCUGGUGGGGGUGCUGGUGCACAGCGGCGACGAGGCCGGCGUGGCGGGGCUGGCCGGGGUAAUGAUGGAGGUGGCGGGACGCGCUGGCGACGGCGGGCAGGGCCGCAGCAAGGCCGCAUCCCGCAUCGACGCCGCACUUCGAUUGGCCAACCUCAGCGUGUCAACCGUCGCAGCCGGCGGAGUUCGAACCCCAGGUGCCGGCGCCGGUGCCGGCACCUCCUGCGUCGGUAGCCCCGCCCUCAACCACCAGGACGGAACCCCCAGUCGUAUGGCCGGCGGCGGCGCCGGCGGCGGCGCAGGGAAUGCGAUGGGCUCGGCUGCGCCCAGCAGCCGCGGCAGCACUGUGGGUGGCGGCGGCGGCGGCACCAUGGCCUCGUUCUUCCACAGGCGCUCAACAGGCGGCGGCUAUGGCGGCUUGUUGGCGGGCGGCGGCGGCAGCGGCGGCGGCGGCAGCGGCGGCGGCGGCGGCGGCGGCUCGGAGCCCCCAAGCGGCAACGCCAGUCCGAUGCUCACAGCGGGCGUGGCCAUUGGCGGCGCCAGCGGCACUCACCGGCGGCGAAUGAGUUACGGGGGAGGCGUGGCAGCGUCAGCGGCGGCGGCGGCGGCGGCUGGUGCGGGUGCGGGUGGCGGCGCCGGGCGGCCGCCUAUGGUGCCCGGUCCGGCGCGGCUGAUGAGCAGUGCUGGUGGCGGCGCGGGUGGGGGUGCGGGGGGUGGCGGCAGUAGCACCGCGCCGCUGCGGCCUGGCAGUGGCCUCUCGCCGCUGCGGGCCACCACUAGCAGCGGCGGCGGCGGCGGCAUGACUAGUGGCGGUGGCGGCGGCUCGUCGCUAGCUCGGGAGGUGGUGGAGUUGAGCCUGCGGAGGGCCAGCCAGAGCGGCAACCUGCCGCGGCCGUCUCUCAGCGGCUUGACGGCAGCAGUGCCGCAGCCCCUGCUGGCGUUGCAGGGAGGCGGCAGUGCGUCGGGUGGUGGCGGCGGCGGCGGCGCGGCAGCGGCGGCGCCAUCGCGCCCGUCAGCUAGCGGCGUUUGAGCUCCUUACCUGCGCUGCGUAGCUAGCAAGCAACCCGGCGAAACUGUCAUCAAAUAGCUUGUCAAGUGCGACCCCAGCCGACAAUGGAACAAAUGGACACCAUGCCGACAAAGUAUGUGCAUGUCGAUGUGCGCGCGCCGCCGGUGCAUGUGCAUGCGUGAUGAUCCGCUUGAUUGGACAGCAUUAUGCUCGUGCGCAUUAUUGUAGUGUGACAUGAAUGGGAUUAGGCUUGGGCUUAGCUACCGGUGCUUGGCUGCUGCACCUUCUUUGCAUAUCUGGGCGGGCACUUCGCAUGUUGCUGCAUUCACAACUCAAAAGUGAGCGCGCUCCUGGUGGUGGGCCAAACAUCCGGGGCCCGUGAAUUCACUGCGACCCAACAAGCUCGUCGAAAUGGUGGUUGCAAACAUUGCUGCAGCGCUGCCCAGCGCCCCACCGAAGGAUUGGCCAGAGCUAGUAGGUCAGGCAUGCCGCGACGCGCAUAUGUGGCAUAGCACACAAGGUAGUACCAGUGCCAGUACUCCCCUGGGUAGUACAUAGCUAGAUGAUGAGCCGCUUGCGUGUGUGUAGGCGACUUCUUACCUCCUUACGUUCAGCCCGUCAGUUUUGCAUUGGUUGUGACAUCAGGUUGCAUCCGGGCAUGCAUGCAGAAGUCUGCAACUGAAUGCCAUUCUGGGCGUAUCACAUGCCUAACCGCCCGGGAACCUAUGAGAGCGUCAUUAAACCGUAGCAACUGUAAAUGCAGAUGUGUCCGCAGUGCCACGCGCACUUGCACAUACAUGCUUCACUCCUUCCCCAGCACUGCUGCUGGUUUGAUGAACAACUGGCACCAUGGACCCCUCUCUCUCGCUUCAACCAGGGCCAAACAACUGACGGGCCCGCCACAAGCCAAUUGAAUGA